UAAAAUGAUUUCUUGAUUUGAUAACACAUUGAGCCGUACCUCACAUGUGGUCUUAAUUCUCAUAAAUACUGACUUAUUAUUAAUAUAUUUGAUUUAAUGUAGUGUUUUGUGAUUUGAUAAGAAAGAGAGAGAAAGAGAGACAUCAUAUCGACUAAUAAAUAAUUUUAUAAACGAUUCCACUUUUAAUAACUUUAUAUAUUCAUUGAAUUUCUUUUUAAUUUGUUUUGUUAUUUUCAUAAUUUUAAUUGUCAUCAUAUAAUAAACAUAUAUAUUUAUAUAUAAUAGAUGUUAUAAUAUGUCUGAUAAUAUUGUUAAUAAAUUGUCAAAACUGGAUCUCGACAAUGACCUGGAAGAUGAUCAGUUGGAAAUGCUUCAAGAAAAGUGUGGCAUAUUUGGGUGCAUUGCCAAUGGCGAGUGGCCCACUCCUCUCGAUGUCGCACACAUCAUAUGUCUAGGACUGGUCGGUCUUCAGCACAGGGGUCAAGAGUCAGCCGGAAUAGUAACCUGCAAAUGGACUCACGAGCCAUUUUCAGUUCAUCGAGGAAUGGGUUUAGUAUCUCAAGUGUUUAAUGAGCCCAUAAUGAUGACACUGAAAGGAAAUCUGGGUAUCGGUCACAAUAGAUAUUCAACGGCUGGCGGUGCAGACAAUAUCCAAUUAGCCCAACCAUUUGUGGUACACACCUCUUAUGGAGCAAUAGCUAUGGCCCAUAACGGAGAGUUAGUCAAUUCACAGACACUUAGAGAACGUAUUCUCAGGAAUGGUGUCGGACUUACCACAGGCAGUGACUCUGAGCUCAUAACACAAGCACUGUCUAUGGAACCGCCCCAACAGUUCAAACAAUUUAAUUAUGAAAGAAGUAAUAGUGUUAACAAUUGUGACAAAUGUUCGGUCGAUCAUAACGGACACACUGAACACAAACAAUCAGCUAUUAAUCCCUACGCUCAGAGCCAUAUGUCUCAAAAAGACUCCGAUUUUGUGGCCAGAAUUUUGCAUUUGAUGUCAUUGACACCUUUAUCUUAUUCAUUGAUUGUAAUGUGGGACGAAUGCAUUUAUGCCAUUCGGGACCCAUUUGGUAACCGACCCCUAUGUUUGGGGGCUUUAGUCUCGUCAACCAAUCAACUAAGUACUCAGGGUUUACCAAACAAAGUGGACGGUUGGGUGGUAUCAUCGGAAUCGUGUUCAUUUCCAUCAGUUUGUGCCAAACUAUAUCGGGAUGUAUUGCCCGGAGAGAUAGUCAAGUUAGAGAAGAAUCGCAAACCUAAGACAUUGGCAAUAGUUCCUCGACCUGAGGCUGCACCCCCGGCAUUCUGUAUUUUCGAGUACGUCUACUUUGCUCGACCAGACUCUAUGAUGGAGGGACAGACUGUAUAUACAGUUCGUAUGAAAUGUGGUCAACAAUUAGCCAUCGAAGCGCCUGUUAAUCCCAUAACUAAUGGCUUAACAAAUGGUGAAACAGAUCUUGGUUUUGCUUCAGACGACCUAAUCGUAGCUCCCGUUCCCGAAACUGCUAUUCCAGCUGCUUUGGGUUACGCCCAACAGGCAAAACUACCCUAUGUUGAAGUAUUCUGCAAAAAUAGAUAUGUUGGUCGUUCAUUUAUUCAGCCAUCAAUUAAAUUAAGGCGUUUGGCAGUAGCAAAAAAGUUUGGACCCCUUUCCCAAAAUUUUAUUGGAAAAUCAAUUAUUUUAAUAGAAGACUCAAUUGUUAGAGGGACAACUAUUGGACAAUUGAUUCGUUUAUUAAAAGAUGCGGGUGCUAAAGAGGUCCAUAUAAGGAUUGCAUCGCCAGCGCUACACUUCCCCUGUUAUAUGGGUAUUAAUAUUCCUACAAAAGAGGAACUGGUGGCUAACCAUCUCAAAGCUGAACAAUUAGCUCAAACAUUAGGCGCCGCUUCUCUCGUGUACUUAUCAUUGGACGGCUUGAAAAAGUCGGUUCAGUCGGGAAUUAGAGAUGAAAUGUUGAAAACAGAUCCGGAAUGGGAAGAGAGUGAUCUACAAGAGAGGAUCGGUCACUGCACCGCUUGUCUCACCGGACAAUAUCCGGUUAAAUUGAGUUUUUAAUUGAUUGAUAUAACAUUUUUUAUACAUUUAUAAAAAUAUCAUAAAAAAUAAAUAUUUUACAUUUGAUAAACCUUGAUACUAAUUAUCACUGAUUAUUUUUAUAAUGCCAGUAAUUUUUAUGUUAGUAUCUAUAUUAAAGUAUUAAAAAUGUUAGCUAAAAAAUUUAUAUAAAAUAUAUUACA